AACAUCCAAAAUUGAACUGUCAAAAUGAUCCAUAAAAGUAAGAAGCGAACGUUAUCCAUGAAUCGUUUUUAUAUUUAUUUACACGGAGUUUAUUAAGUAUUUAUUACUUAAGUUGUAGAAGACAUGGAAGACAAUAUGACUGCCGAACGAAAUUCAUUGAACUUUCCAUCUCCUAUCAAACUUGAUUCUCCUUCAACACCAGAUGCAAUAUCCGUGUGCCGAUGCUUGUUGAGCGACGGUGACUCUCCUAAAGAAACAGAAGUACCAUUACGCAAACAGAAGAUAUUUUCUACAGUCACAAGGACAGAAAAUUAUUUGCGCGAACGCCGUAUUCCUGAGCUCGUAAGGUUCAUAAUGGCUAAGGUCCUAGCCAGCAAUACCAACAAUCCAGUUGCUUACGUCAAAGAUCUUCUAGAUGAAUGUAUGGUAUUCCGUGCCGGAAUCGGCAAUGCUCCUGUUUUAUUUGAACACAGACACUUACAAGCAGUUGUCAAUAGUUUUGAUCCCUCUGGUCGUGGCUGGGUGACUACUGGGCAAGUCCGAAGGGCCUAUUACACGCUAGGCCUUCCCCCGCCGGAGCCGAUUGAAGAAAGAAUGACAACUGCUGAAUUAAUGAACGGUUUAAAAGAAACUCAAGAGAGGGAACUCCUGGAACUACUGUCUGCUGGGAUAGAUAAACAGGAAUAUCAGAAUAUCAACAUGAUGUAGGUUUUGAGUUAUAUUGUAUUCCAUUGUUAGCGGUACUUAUUUUUAUAUAGUGAGUUUUCUUGUUACCUAUAUUUCAACUUAAUUUUA